AUGUACAGCAUCCAUCCUCACAGUAUUUCAUACGAGAGACCUCUUUAUUCAAGUUUAUAUGACGUGAAAUUGUUAACAUUCAAAGUAGUUCGUAAUAAAGAAUCGAAAACGGACUAUGAAUAUAUUAAAAUUACGAAUAAUGAGACACUUGAAUAUCUAAAACAACGAGUUAUUGAGAGAUUACAUUUGUAUCCUCUAAAUUCGAACAACAUACGUUUAAUGGUAUUUAAUGCUUAUACCAAUUCUUGGAUCAACGUGAGAAAUAUUGACAAAAACGAAAAAAUAUCAGAUUUACAUUUAUCUGAUAGUGAUUAUAUUAGCUAUACAGUAUUAGACGUAAAAUCUGAUCAAUUGUCAACAAAUAAUUUUCGAUUAUCCGACUGGACAAUUUCUUCCAUGGAAAAGAAAUUGACAUUUAAACUUUUUCGGAAAACUGUUAUUAAUCUCGAUUAUACACUACUAAUUAAUAUAUCGACAAUGUCAACAAUCAAACAAUUAAAACAAAAAUCACAUGAAAAAUUGUAUUUAUAUUCUACAGAUUUUGAUUUAACUCUGUUUGUUUAUGAUGAUGAUAAUAAACAGUGGAUAAAAUUUGAUUCUGCUCUAGAUGAUUGUACAUUGGAAUUAUUAGAUUUUAAAGACUAUGCAUGUAUUAGUAUUCAAUCAGAGAAUGAUCGUACAAGUUUAGACUCAAAAAUUUGUAAUAAUCAGAGUUAUACACCCGGUCUAUGUGGUUUAAUAAAUAUGGGUAAUACAUGUUAUAUGAAUAGUGCACUACAAUGUUUAAGUAAUAUACCACAAUUAACAGAUUAUUAUCUAAAUUUUACAUUAAAUAAUGAUGAACAAUCUGUUUCCAAUGUUUAUUAUAAAUUAAUAAAACAAAUGUGGUCCGGUGAAUAUUCAUUUAUAACACCAAAACAAUUAAAAGAAGUUGUUAGUCAACAUGCAUCAAUAUUUACGGAUUAUAGACAAAAAGAUGCACAAGAAUUUAUGAAUGUUUUACUCAAUGUUCUUUAUCAAGAACAAUCAGUAUCUAUAAUUGAUCAAUUAUUUUAUGGUCAAAUAUUAUCUACUGUUACAUGUUUAAUGUGUGAAUCAAAAGAAACAAAACAAGAAUUAAUUACAUUUUUACCAUUAUGUAUUAAUAAUAAACAAACAUUUGAAAUUAAUUAUUAUCAAUUUAAUGGUCAAUACAAACAAAUAUUUAUUGAUAUAUCAAUUCAAUAUUCUACAACAAUAUCACAUUUAAUUGAUCAAUUUAUUCGUGAUUAUGAUUCAAGUUUAGAUAAAGUUCAAUUAUUACCAGUAAAAUUAAAUGACAAUAAUAUUAUAAACAAUUAUUACUCAUUUGACUCUUUAACAAAUAUUACUGAUAAUCGAAUUUCUCUAUUACAAUUACCAUUAAUAAUUGAUAAAUUGAAUCAGAAAUAUAUUCCUUGUUUAUUUAUUAAUACUAAUACAAAUAAACCAUUUCGUCCACUAAUAAAAUUAUUAGGAGAAUAUACUAGUUAUGCAAUGGGUUUCAAAGAACAAAUAAACAGAUUAUUAAAUCAUUUAGUAGAUAUAAUUGGUAAUUCUAAAGAUGAAUUUAAACUACAUUGGUUAGAUUGGAGAGAUAGAAAACAUGAUUUAAAAUUUAAUGAGAAUGAAAAUGAUAUUCUACUUCGAUUAGAUAAAAUUACAAUUGAAAUUGAUGAUUCAUCGGCAAAAAAGUAUGCAUUGAAACAAGGCGAAAAUAUUAGAUCAUCAUUACUACCAUCAUUAUCAUCAUCAUCGUCGUCUUCUACAUGUUUAACACUAGAUAAACUAUUACAAAGAUUUUUUAAAGAAGAUCUUCUUAGUGGUGAUUGUUAUUGUUCACAUUGUACUAAGGCAACUUUAUGUAAACAAAAAAUUGAACUAUGUUUACCAUUACCACCGGUUGUUAUCAUACAAUUAAAACGAUUCACAUACGAUGAAUAUUCAAGUGGAAAAGUUGAUACAUUUAUUCAAUAUCCAAUUCAAAAUUUAAAUCUUAAUCAUUAUCUUACACAAGAAAUUAAUAAUGAUGGCGUUUUCUAUGAUUUAAUUGCUGUUUUAAAUCAUACAGGAGAUUUAUCUUUUGGUCAUUAUGUUACAUAUGCAAAAAAUAAUCGUACACAACGAUGGUAUUCGUUCAAUGAUGAUUAUGUACAAGAAAUUGAGGAAAAUAGGGUGAUUACGAAAAAUGCCUAUAUUUUAGUCUAUGUCAAACAAAAAUCAAAAUCUUGA